AUGAGUGUCACCGACUCGGUUUACAAUUACCGUUAUGAAAAUGGGCGACGCUACCAUGCGUAUGCUGACGGGAAAUAUCCUGUCCCGAACGAUGAGGUAGAGAAGGAUCGCCUUGAUCUUCAACACCACGCCUUUCGAUUAACAUUGGACGGAGCUUUAUACCGUGCGCCCAUUUCCGAGAAUGUGCAGAAUGUUCUCGAUGUUGGGUGUGGCACUGGGAUAUGGUCCAUCGAGUUUGCUGAAGAGCACCCUUCUGCGAAGGUGUUGGGAACGGAUUUGAGUCCUAUACAGCCAACUGAUGUGCCUCCAAACUGCAGCUUCCUCAUCGACGACGCAGAUAGCGAAUGGCUCUUCCGCGAACCCUUCGACUUCAUCCACUCUCGCGCAAUGAUCGCCGCAUUCAAGGACUGGCCCAGAUACAUAGAGCAAGCCUACGCUAACCUCAAACCCGGCGGCUACCUCGAGAUCCAAGACUUCUACUUCCCCUGCUGCUCCACCGACCCCUCUCUAAACUCGACCAACAGCCCCAUGAUGCAAUGGGCCGAGCUGCUCGUCUCCGCCGGCGCCAAAAUCGGCAUCGACAUGCUGCUACCGGGCCAUCUUGGCGAGCACCUCAAGGCAGCCGGCUUCACGGAGAUACACAGUAAGCACUACAAGUGGCCUAUGGGGCCGUGGGCCAAGGGUGACAAGAACAAGCUCCUCGGCCGCUUCGCGAAAGAGGAUCUGAUGGAUUGGCUGCCCAGCUCGGCGUUGGGGAUGUUUACGAGGGUGCAUGGGUGGACGAGGGAGGAAGUCGAGGUCUUCCUCGCGGGUGUAAGGCGGGAGUUGAAGGAGCACAAGGAGCGGCAUUUUUGGGCUAAUAUGUGA